AUGUGGGGGCCCGGGGUCGCGGCCGAGGGCCUGGGGGUGGCUCCGGGGCCGCUGCUGCCGCUGCUCCUGGCGCUGGCGCUGGCGGCACCCUCGCGGGGCGGCGGCGGCUGCGCGGAGCUGGCCUGCGGGGAGCGGGAGCGCUGCUGCGACGCGGCCAACGGCACGGCCGUGCGCUGCUGCAAGCCGGCGCUGCACGCCUUCCUCGACAGCGUGGGCUGGUUCGUGCGCAAGCUCUCGGGGCUGCUCAUCCUGCUCGUGUUCUUCGCCAUCGGCUACUUCCUGCAGCGCAUCAUCUGCCCCAGCCCGCGCAGGUCCCCGCAGGGCCGGGCGCGCCCCGCUCCGCCGGGGGCCGCGGGGCCCCCCGACGACGACGACUCCCCGGCCCUGUUGCGCGACGAGACGGCCGCCGGCUCGCAGGACUCGCUGCUGGACAGCGGCCGCCGGGCCCGGGGAGGCGCGGGGCGCCCGGCCGCCGCCUGCGCCCCGGAGCACGAGCUGCGCGUGGUCCCGCCCGGCUUCCUGCAGCUGCCCAGCUACGAGGAGGUCAGGUACCUGCCCACCUACGAGGAGUCCAUGCGGCUGCAGCAGCUCGGCCCCGGGGAGGCCGUGCUGCCCGCGUCGGAGCCCGACGGCGGCGAGGGCCGCUUCCCGCUCGUCUGA